AUGGACCACUGCCCUCCGGAACAACCGCUGUUUACGUUCGGUGUGAUAGCGGACGUCCAGUACGCUGAUGUCGAUGACGGAUACAAUUACAGUCGCACACGGAAACGUUACUACAGGAGCAGCCUGGAACUGCUGAGAAAGGCCCAGAAACGGUGGUCCGAGUCGGCUGCGAAGCCCGAGUUUAUCCUCCAGCUCGGAGACAUCAUCGACGGCCUUAAUAAGAGCCGCGGCGCGUCGGAGCUGGCGCUGAACACGGUGCUGCGAGAGUUCGGCUCCAGUCCCGGGGAGGUCCAUCAUGUCUGGGGUAACCAUGAGUUUUAUAACUUCAGCCGGAGCGCGCUGCUGAGUUCACGGCUCAACAGCAGCUCGCUCGCCGACUGCAGUCCCACCGGAACCCCGGCCCGGCCCGACAUCUACGCCUACCAGUUCUGUCCGUUUCCCGGGUUCAGGUUUGUGGUAAUGGACGCUUAUGACAUCAGCCUGCUGGGCAGGCCAGAGUCCACCGAACAGUACCGCAGCGCCCUGGAUCAGUUAAAACUCUACAACAACAACGAGGACCUCAACUGUCCACCAGAGCUGGAGGACUUCAGCAGGUUUACCAUGUUCAAUGGUGGGUUCAGUAGGGACCAGAUGGAGUGGCUGGAGUCUGUACUUACCUCAGCUGAUGAAAACCAGGACAGAGUCACUAUCGUCAGUCAUCUGCCAGUCCACCCAUCUGCAACAGACUGGGUUUGCCUUGCGUGGAACUUUGAAGAGCUCCUGGCUGCCAUACGCUCCCACAGCAGCGUUGUAUGUUACAUGGCUGGACACACACAUACCGGGGGAUACUACUAUGACAAAGAGUCAGGGGUGCACCACCUGACCCUGGAUGGUGUGAUUGAGACUCCUCCUGACACUGAUGCCUUUGCCACAGUUUCAGUCUACACAGACCGGAUGGUGCUGAAAGGUUAUGGGAUGGUAAUGGAUCAAGUGUUUAUGUUCUAAUGGUACAUCAGCAGGGCAGCACAAUAAGACAGGAUGGAUACCUCAGGUCCAGAACCACCUGACUAAAGGUUGAAUCAGAGCCCUGUGGUUUUUAACAUGGGAUACUGCGGGGAUGUUUUGCAAUAUUCUGACAUUCAGAGGUUUAUGAAUCACUUUACUAGAAAAUUGGCUUUACAACAUUGAGUCUUUCUAUUCUUACCUUUAACAGCAGACAGAUCCAGAAGUAUAACCUUAACUUCUAACAAAGUUUUCUGGACGAUAUAUUGUCCAACAAAUUAUUGACGAUAAACUAUAUUAUUGUCGACAUUAUUGAGACCAAAUGAACCACUUUUUUAAUGUUAAAGAGCAAAUUGCAGGUAAAAUUAUUUUUCUUUCUUUCUUUCUUUCUUUCUUUCUUUCUUUCUUUCUUUCUUUAUUUUUCCCGUGUCCGGUCUGGCUGUGAAGCCAACAGAAUUAAUGUCCAACUGCCGGUUAAAUCUGGCUAAAUUAUUUUUCUAAUUCAUAUAAAAUGCUGUCCAAAAUACUAUUUCAAUUCAAUUGAAUUUAAUUCAAGUUUAUUUAUAAAGCGCCAAAUCACGACAAGAGUCGUCUCAAGGCACUUCACAUAAUAAACUCUCCAAUUCAGGUCAGUUCAUUAAGCCAAUCAGAAAUAAUGUUUCCUAUAUAAGGAACCCAGCAAAUUGCAUCAAGUCACUGACUAGUGUCAGAGUCUUUACAGCAAUCCUCAUACUAAGCAAGCAUGUAGCGACAGUGGAGAGGAAAACUCCCUUUUAACAGGAAGAAACCUCCAGAGAAUCCUGGCUCAGUAUAAGCAGCCAUCCUCCACGACUCACUGGGGAUCGAGAAGACAGAGCAGACACACACACACACACACACACACACACACACACACACACACACACACACACACACACACACACA